AUGUCGUUCGGUGGAGGAGGAUUCUCCUUUGGAUCGUCCAACAACAACAAUACCAACAACUCGAACGGCGCUGCUCCUGGUAACAAGCCUUUCUCUUUCGGAGGCGCAACCAACUCUGGCGGUUCAUUGUUCGGCUCAACUCCCGCAGCUAGCGGUGCUAUCAACCCAUCCAUUGCCGCACCUGCUUCUGGCGGAGGCCUCUUCGGAUCCAGCAACACAGGAUCAUCGACUGGCGGUGCUGCAGCAGCCAAGCCUGCCACAGGUGGAUUCUCGUUCGGCGGUGCAGCCUCGACCUCAACACCCGCAGCCAAUACAUCUACACCCGCCACGUCUACAGGAGGCUUCAGUUUCGGCGCUCCAGCAGCUUCCAAGCCCGCUGAUAACAAUUCUACCUCUUCUCCAGCCCCAGGAGGCUUCUCUUUCGGCGACACAGCAGGUGCAAAGCCUGCAGCGACAGGUGGAUUCUCAUUCGGCGGAAGCGGUACAACACCCGCUGGAUCCACUUCUACGGCCGCUGCCGGCGCUAACGCCCCAGCAAGCGGUGCUGGCGGUGGAUUGAGCGGAUUUGGGUCAUUCACGCUUGGUGGAUCUACCAUAUCUUCCACGCCUGCCGCUGGAACUGCUUCUACACCGCCUGCGGGUGGCUCUCUCUUCGGUGGUGCUUCCACCGCAGCCAAGCCAGCUACCGGAGGCUUCUCGUUUGGCGGUUCCACUGCCACACCGAAUUCUUCGGCACCAGCAACAUCUGCUCCAGCAGCAGCACCAGCUGCCUCAUCCAGUGGCUUUACCUUCGGCAACUCUUCCAGCACCGCUGCUUCUUCCGCUGCUACUUCCUCCACCCCCGCAGCUGCGGCCGCACCUGCCAAACCAGCACUAGGCGGCUUCUCCUUUGGCGGCAACACAAGCAACACCACUUCGACUCCUGCCAGCUUGGCAGCAGACGCAUCGAAACCUACUGCUGCACCGGCUCCUGCUGCAGGCGGCUUUUCAUUUGGAAAGCCGGCCAUUCCGGCAACCUCAACAGCUACUCCGGCACCUUCUACUGUUGCACCAGCUGCCGCAGCUCCUGCCCCAGCCGCUGGUGGAUUCUCAUUUGGCAAAGCAGCUGCCACGAGCACACCGGCUACCACUUCAGCUCCAGCUGCUCCCGCCGCUGCCAAGCCCGCCGGAGGAUUCUCUUUCGGCGGCGCCCCUGCUGCCGCUACAACCACAUCCAAACCGGCCGAAAGGGCUUCCAACACUGCUCCUGGCGCUUCCAUCGCUCCCACAGGUGCGGCCUCAGUCGGCCCAGUCCCCACGCCCUCCCUUUUGCGCGGUAAAUCGAUGGAUGAAAUCCUCAAUCGCUGGUCUUCUUCGCUCGACUUUUCCAUCCGCGAAUUCUCCCGUCAAGCAGCAGAGGUGGCCGCAUGGGACAAAGUGCUUCUCCGCGGUGGAGAUGAGAUUUCGUCCCUUCUUUCAGCUCUCACCCUUGCAGAAGAGAAGCAGCGAUCCAUUGAUUCGACGCUGGACUACCUGGAAUCUUCCCAAAAGGACCUCUCUUAUCUCGUUGGAGAGUACGAAUCUCAAAUCGACUCUCUACUGCCCAACGUUGAAGCAGGUAACCUCACUAGUGCGGAUGUUGAAAGGGAACGGAGCUAUGCUCUAGCCGAGAAGCUUAACGGGCAGCUGGACGAUGUGAGUAAGAACUUGAGCGCGAUGAUUACCGAGUUGAAUACUACAAAUGGUGCUACCGCUGCGAAUGGUGCAGCAAGCGGAGGGGCAGGAGAAGGAGGAUUGGAAAACAUGCUGGCAGAGAGAGAUGGUAGCAUUGCUCAGAUCGUAGCCAUCUUGAAUGCUCAUUUGGGCAGCUUGAAAUGGAUCGACUCAAACGCUGGUGCUUUGAGGGGGAGGUUGGAGGGCUUGCGAAGAGGACAAGUGUAA